CAGAUGACUGUUGUUUCUGUUCAUGAAAUAUGGCGCAGGGUAGGGUUCUCGUUUACGGAGGAAAAGGUGCAUUGGGGAGUUCAGUUGUCAACUACUUAAAGAAAAAGAGUUAUGUAUGUAUACUUUUUUUUCCGUAAAUUAUAAUAUUUCCCUAUUUAGGCUAAAACUGACUUAUAUUGAAAUGUGUUUCGUUUUGUAAAAGUGCAAUAGACAGCCUCCUGCUUUACGCCUACGACUACUAUUAUUAUUAUGGUCAUGGUCACCUGGUCAUGGAACAGUAUGUUGAGUAUGGCAUGGACUUGGACUUAAGUUCAUCUAAGACUAUUAUACAAUUCAAUUGAAUAAGAUUUUAUAAGAUUAAGUCUAAUGUCUAAUCUAAGUAAUCUUACUCAGUACUGCCGAGUAGCAAUAUUGCAGAGCUGCAAUAUUGCAGCUUUUAGUCUAGUUUUAGACAUGAUUAUGAUUAGGCCACACCUAUGACAUUAAAUGUGCUAUGAAAAAAUAAUAGAAUAAUAUGACCAACAGGUUGAGAACCGCUGGCCUAAGGGGUCGUUCGUAAAUUACGUCACACCAAAAAUGACCUUUUUAGACCCACUCCCCCCUGUCACAAAGUGUCACAAAUUCUUUACACCCCCCCCCCCCCCCCCCACCUCACACCUAAAACUAAAAAAAACUUAACAUAGGCCUACAUAAAAUUUUCCCAACUAAACUAAUAUUUUACUUUAUUCAUUAACAUUUUCCCAUAAUGGGUUAAGAGAUUAUUAGAAAUCUGUGACGCAAAACAACGAAGUCAUCCAAAAGCCAAGAGCGGAAUGUAAGAUGGCCAUAACAGUUUUUGCAUCAUUUUUCGAUAUGCGCAGGUGGUCUGAACGACAGAGUUUCAUGGUACAAAGUAGAAAAUUUUAGAUUAAAAUUUAAAAAAAAAAACAAUAAGUGACGUCACAAAUUUUUAAACCCCCCCCCCCCCGUCACAAAGUGUCACANUCUAGUCAGUAUAGAAUAAUUUAAAUAAGUAAUACUGUGAAAUUUUCAAAUUCAAAUUAAAGGCAUGUUUACAAAAAAAGUAAGAAAUACUGGGAGGCUUUGAACUUUAAAUAAAAUCUGUUUACAUGCAAAAAUACAAAAUUCUUUAAUAAGGCCCCCUGCCACUUCAAUGCAAUUACCAUACUUUUUAUUAAUUUUUUCCUUAGCACAACUUUGGGGCCAUUAUAGUUAAAUAUCAAAGGCAGACUUGUUUACCCCUGGGUUAGUGUCAGUGUAGUUUUCAGCUUUCAAAAACUUAUUUUCAAGCUUCAAAGUGUAGAUUGGUCAGGGGGGGGGGGAGUGUUGUCUGGCUGGUUUUCAAUCAAAAUACAAGUUGUGUAAGGAAAUCUACUCAACUGCUUAUGUAAGUUAACACAAAUAAAUAUACAGGAUAUAUUUCUGCGAUUUGUUUCUUAGGGAUGAAAAAAGGUAUCAGGGAAGCACUUUGGCAGUUAAGUAUUAACAACGCAAUUCUCUAAAAGAUAAUAUUCUAGUUAGUUUAUUGAGAUGAGACCACAAAGGUCAAUCACAAUUAUUCUUAUUCGAUUGCUUACGGUGUUAACACAAAAAAAUGUGGUACCUUUUUAUUGAAAAAAACCCAAUUAUUUAACUUUUUAUUAAAAUUAAACCAAACAUUCGAAAAACUCCAGAAACCGUAGUUUUUUUAGGCUCAUCGUAGUGCCAUCGUCUUAUAAAGCCUAGGGGUAAACAGGUCUGCAGAGGCCCCAGAGGCAUAGCUGGCGGCAAAGGGGGGAGGCAGAUGUCCAAGGGCGCCAGACUAGUAGGGCGCCAAAAUCUGCUUUGACUGUGAUGGUAUUUUAUUGAUGAAAAUAAUUGGGUUCAAAGUUGAAGAGGGGCGUAAAAAUGAAUCUUUGUCCCUGGGAGCAAAACACUCUAUAGCUAUGCCUCUGCAAUGCCCCUGCUGUGGCAAGUUUGCAGAGCAUAUUGGACUACUCUGGUACUAGCCUAUGGCUCUGGCUUGGGGACUAGCAUUUGUCAGUUUAGCAAAUGAGGCAUGCAGAUUAAAAUUUUUAUUUUUAUAAAUACUAAUUGGGUAUAUGUUUUAUUUGAAACUAUAAUUUAGUAUAGUCUGGUGAUGGGUAGGGCGAGACGCGCCCUAAGCUUAAUUCACUUUGGGUAGAGUGCCUUUGCUUCCUUCCACACAUAACUGGGAUGAAAGUCGCCUUGGAGUGGUUUCUGCAUAGAAAAAAAUUAUUAAUUAUUAAAGUUAUACAGUUUUAUAGAACAAAAUUACACACAUAUCUAGGAUGAAAGUCGCCUCGAGUGGUUUCUGGAAAUUUUUUUAAUCAAUUAUAACAUUUAUACAGUUUUAUAGAACAAUAUUACACGGUUAUCAACUAGCUUUAGUCGUUUUUUAGCUAUGAAUUUAAACAAGCUAUAUGAAAAUGUGAGAUUGUUAGUCUUAUUUUACAUAUGACUUUGAUUAUGAAAUCUUUGAUAACUAGAAUGUACCAGUGUAGUAUGGACUGGACAAACUCAUUUUGUAACCCUGUUUUUUAAUUAUAUUUUUCUUACAUAAUACUGCUGUUACUUUAUUACUGGUAAAAAAUAAAAAUUGCUUUUUAAUACUUGAUAUUUUAUGCUUCAUUUUCUUCACAUGUACAUUUUAUUCAGCGAAAUAAUGGAAUCAUUAAUCAUUAUAAUAAUAACAGAGUGCAGAGUUUGAGCGAAUAUUCUAACUCAAUGAUAGUUGGUAAAAAUAUCAACCAUUUGUUAUUCACACAGUUACAUUGAUGUAAUGAUUACAAAAGAUGCUUCUAAGAUAUAAAAAGGUCUUAACUUUUUUGUUGUUGUUAAGGCAGCAGAUGUCCCUGAAAAGUUUUGCAUUAAAGUGCUACAUAAAAAAGACAUUUUAUGACCAUAAGGGACAUAAUAUUCAAAAGGGUUACAUUCAUUUAUGGACAGUUAGUUAAAAAUGUGAUUUAAAAUGAAUUGUCUGUAAAAGUCCAUAAGAACUUGAGAAAUUAUCUUUAUAGCUUUUGAAGCACAAAAUAAUUGUAAUUCUCAGCACAUGUGAUUUUCUGUUCUUGCUUGCUUUAAACUUGUAUUAUUAUAAGCAAGUAAAAUUUAAAAAGCUGAUGAGAAUGUCAAACAACAAGGGGCUUUUGUGGUAUAUGUCAUACAGUUGUAUACUUGAUAGAGACCUUUUUUUAAAAUUUUAUUUAUCUUCAAAUUGAUAUUAAAAAAUCUGUCAUUAAAAAUGUUUGUUCAUUAUUUACUUAUUGGUUACAUAUAAUCCAGUUUCUUCAAUUUGUUAAAGAAUAAUUUAAAUAUACAUCUAUCCUAACAGUGGGUUGGGUCAAUUGACCUAUCGGUCAAUGAGCAUGCUGAUGCAAAUGUGCUGGUGAAGUCUGAUGCUUCCAUGCCAGAACAGGAGGAAGAUGUGAGUGCUCAAGUUGGAGUGCUUCUUGGAGAACAUAAACUUGAUGCAAUAUUUUGUGUUGCUGGAGGAUGGGCAGGUGGCAAUGCCAAGAGUAAGUUGGACUAGUUUUUCACUUAGUUUCCUAUAUUGAGUUGAAAUUUAUAAGAAAAUACUUUUUUUUAUAAAUAAAUGUUCCCAUAAAAUUUGUCCACACAUGAUAUAAUGCAGUAGGGCUAACUUGUUGGGAUAAAAUCAAGACAUAUAUUUAAACCAACAAUAAAAUUCUAACUACCAGUACCUAAACAAAAUCCCCAAAAGGGUUUAAAGAUAUCUUGUGUGGACCACCCAAAAUUUUGAUAAAAUAUUUAAGUUUUUAACAAGAACUAUAUCUUUUGAUUUAGUGGCGUUUGAAGUCCUUAGGUGUAAACAUACAUGUUUAAAUGUUUGUUGAAUAAUUAGAUUUGCUGAAAACAUAGUAUCUAGCUAAAUUAGUGUAUAAAACAUCUGAAAUACUCCAUACACACAAGAGAUAAUAUCUCUUCACCUUAUCAAGAAAUGAUUAUUUUUCUUAACUGAGUCACAUUAUAUGAAUAGUUUGAUUUACGAUUCUAGAGAUUGUGGAACCUGCAGAAGCUAUGUGGAAACAAUCAGUUUGGCCUUCUGUUAUAACUGCCAGUCUUGCUUCUAAGUAUUUAAAAGAGGGAGGGGUUGUAACUCUGCCAGGAGCACAGCCUGCUUUGCAAGGGACACCAGGUAAUCAAAAUAUCAGAGUGAAUUAGUGGAUAUAAGUGAAGUAGAAUUUAACAACUUGAUCUAAAAGUUGUAAGCUUUGUUAUCAAAGAGGGUGUUGUUUGAUGGUGACGUCAAUAUCAAAACAAAAUCAAGUGGUGGUAGCUAAAAUUACGCCCACACACAUAAGAUAAUACUUUUGUUUAGUGAAGUUUUGGCUUAUGUUUCAAAAUUAACAUUUUAAUUGAUUAGUGAUAUCAGAGUCAAAUCAUUAUUUAUUUUAAAUUACUUUUAGUAAUAAUAAUAUUUGUGUGGCACUUGUUAAAAGCCUUUUUGGUUAAAUCACUGUUUAAUCAAGUUGAUUCAUUAAAAAGGGUAUUGGGCACAUUCUAUCAGUCAAAAUGUUUAUUAAAGUAAUGUGAACGAGGAGAGGUGAGUGGAAUUCUGAACAGAGCACUUAUAAGUUGCGUGCUCCAAAACCCUGGAUAAAAAUAAUAGUAUUUGGUUAGGCCAGGAGAUAUUUUAAGAGUUGAUUUCAAAGAUUGGUUUUAAGAGACUAUUUUAAUAUUUGGAGAUAGUGAUGGGUGGCAAAUUGAUUUAACCGAUUAACAUUUUUACAAAUUGUGAUUUUGUUUCAGGCAUGAUAGGAUAUGGCAUAGCCAAAGCAGCCGUGCACCAGUUGACUAAAAGCUUGGCUGGAGAAAAUAGCGGUCUUCCACCAAGUUCUACUGUUUUGGCUACACUGCCGUAUGUUAUAGCUUUUCUCUAUUUUUGUGUUAUUUAAAUGCUCUGAGAAAGUGUUGAUAUUUCAUUGGGUUCCCGCCUUAAAGUAAAGGCUGGAUUAAAGUUGGGGUUGUGAUUGAGAUUUGUUCACAGCAACACAAAAUUGAACAUAAAGAUAAAAGAGGUAAAGCUUUGUAAUUUCAUAAAAUGAUCUUUAUGUUAAUGUGUUAUCUGUGGAAUGUGUACUUUUGCACAUACCUAUGUUUCUAACCAUUGACAUUGCAUAUUUUUAUGGUUCUUACUGACAUAUAAUAUGACUCUUUUAAGAUGUGAUCCUGAACAACAGCCUAUUUUCAAUUAUUAUAUGUUGAAAUGAAACUUUUUUUGUCUGGUGUGCAAAACAGUUGUCAUUUUCUGAUUAUCUUUGCUCUUUUUGCCAAAAACUGAGCAGCAUAUAAAUCCAAUUUCUACAAAAAAUCCAAAUUGAUAGUUUGUGAUUUCUUUUAAGAAAAGUUAAAGGAUUGUCAUAAGUUGUAUUUUGUCAAAUAAAUAGAGCUUGGAUUGAUAUUUCCUAUCUGGAAUUUGAAAUUAAUAUUGAUACUAUUUGUUCAAAUGUGUUUACUUUUUCUACUUUCCCACCCUCCUUUACCCUGUUAUCCUCCAGACCUCAGCCCUUCUUAGGGCAUGAAUUUUCUUGAAGAUAAUUCAGAAGGAAAACUAUGUUUGGUAAAUAAAACUAGGUGGAUUGAAAUAGAUGAUCUGUUAAUUGUUUGCAUGUGAUUAAUAAAUUUUAUACUUUUAAACAAAUGAUUUCAGAAUUACAUUGGACACACCAAUGAAUAGAAAAUGGAUGACCUCUGCUGACUUUUCUACCUGGACAUCAUUAGAUUUUGUUUCAGAGUAAGUUUAUACCUUUUAUUAUGUUAAGUUAAUUACUUAAUAUCACUUUAUUAAGUAUCUAGUUAUAUCCAUGGUAUUUUAAAAGAUUUUCAAAUAAAUAAUUCUUAUACAAAAAGGAUAGUACUGGGUAAUAACUGUUAAUUUUUCAGACUCUUCCACAAAUGGCUGGUUGGUGAGCAACGUCCACCUUCAGGAAGCCUAGUCCAGUUGAUAACCAAGAAUAAUGAAACUGAUCUUGUACUGGCCUAAAUGACGGUGGCAUAUAAUUAAGUUUUAAAUGCACAUUCCAUUUCAAAAGUAAUUCUCAUUUUUUAGCCUUUAAGUACCUGACUAAUAAAAAUUCAUAAUAGGGAAUGAACAAAAAAAUUUGCCAAACUGCACAAUGUACUGUCAGAAUUACUUUAGUCAAGGAGUAUUCACAAUAGCGAAUGAUUAUCAUAAUUAUUACAAAUAAUUGAUUCUCCGUAUGGUGCCAUUCAAAUAACUAGCUGUGUUCCAUUUCAUGAGCCAAUAUUUACUAGUGGAAAAAAGAAAUCAAUUUACGCAAUAUGACAAAAUAUAAUUUAUUAAUGAGGCCUUUUAUGAGUGAAAAUCAAACAAGAAUUUUCUGGUUUUGGUAAUUGUUUAACUUAUUAACUUAUAUUGUACCUGGGAUUCACAGAAAUGUUUGCUCAACAUUCAACUUUAUAUGCAAACUUUAUAUGUGAGUUAAUACAUGUAGAUAGUAUAAGAGACUCUUGGGUUGAAUUGGAAGAUUAAUGUGAGUUUCUAGUCUAAUCUAGUGAGUAGUUUAUAGUGGAAUGUAGCAAUUUAUUUCAAAAUUAUUUUAAUUAAAUAUAUACUAGUUGAUUUUUUUACCCUGUAAAUUUACAUUUUAAAAAAAAGUUUGUUUAAAUUUAAAGUCAAAUUUAAUGUAUCUCUACAAUUUAACAAGUCAUCUUAUAAGUAAUCUCAUAAUGUUUGUUCUUAUUGCAAAAGUUAAAGCAGUCAGAUUAAUAUUCAAAAUUUAUUUUCUGGAGGCUACUUUUAACUCCACUAUAAUAAUUUGGACCUUUUUUGUAAAAAAGAUAUUUGCAGAAAUUGUUUUAAAAAAUAUUAUGUUGCAUUUGUUUUAUGUUCAUGGAUAUAAUAAAUAUAAUUUCAGCAAUAUAA